AUGGACGUUUCUAAUCCAGCCCGUUCUGCUUUGCCGGAUGAUCAUCAUCUCAAAGCGCUGCCCAGUACGGCCGGAGCAACCAAAUCUGGGAGCGCCAGUGAUGAUAGCGCGACUUCCUCUGUAAACUCGGCUGCAACUGCUCCUGACAGCUCCAAGUCCAAGUCAAGUGCUGAUGCUAUUUUCUCUAUCCUGGAUGCGAGCGGACCUAACACUGGUACAUCCACACCCAAUCCCAUUUCUACGUCUUCUUCCAAGCAAGGAUAUCUAGCCCCUGAAGAAGAAGAAGAUCCAGGCGACAGACGAGUUAAGUACAGAUCUGCCACCGACUUGGAAGCUGCUGGACGAAAAUCCAGCGUACUCGAGUUUCAACACCGUCAACAUCCCAGGCACACUCGCAAUGAGUCCUUCAGCUCUCGUCGCUCUGGCAGCACCGAGAUUCCACGCGCUCAGGUCAAGAGAGCACAAACCUACCAGGAUGAUGCCCCUGGCCUUUUACCAUCAUUUACUCAAACUGCCGACCAGGGUAUGGGAACGAGAUCUCGCAGACUCUCGACAAACAUUCCCAAUGAGUUCCCUAUAGAAUGCUGUCCCCUGGAGAAGGAGUUCAAAACAUCGUCCAGACUGCCACUUAGACGCCCAAAGCAGAUCGGCGAGGGUGGUUAUGCUUGUGUUAAGCUUAUGAGACGGCGAGGAGAGACGCCGGACCACCUUUAUGCUGUCAAGCAGUUCCGCGGCCGUGACUCUUGGGAGACCGAGGAUGACUACCCUGUUCGUCUUUGCUUCUCACAUGGCAUCUGGAGCGAAGUCAUGGAAUACUGUCACAAUGGAGAGCUCUUUGGUCUCCUUGAGAAGAAAUACUUGACCAUCAAUGACAAGUACUGCUUCUUCAAGCAACUGCUACGUGGCGUCGAUUAUCUUCACAACCACGGAAUAGCUCACCGCGACUUGAAGCCAGAGAACAUCAUGCUUACGAGGGAUGGGUGCGUCAAGAUCAUCGACUUUGGUCUGAGCGAGAUCUUCAGUGGUCCGCAUCCCAGUUUCCGUAUAGGAAUGGACGUCGAGGCUUUCAAGGUUGAUCGCGUUAGGUACUCGCAACCAGCCAUCUUUGGUUCCCAGCCUUACAUCUCACCUGAAGUUAUGGACGCGAAGGAUGAAUAUGACCCAAGAGGUCUCGAUGUUUGGUCGUGCGGUAUCAAUUUCUUGAGUAUGGUCUUUGGUGUGCAUCCAUGGGUCAAAGCCACACCUGACAACACAAACUACAAGAAGUACCUCAACGGAUGGAACAAGUGGCUAAAAGAUCACCCUGAGGGGCAGAUCGAGCCUGGGUCGAAUGACUAUCCGGAUUGUGGCAAGCUUUUCCACCUUCUCAACAGCGACUCCUUGGAGCGAUUGGUCUUGAGAAUGCUCAAUCCCAAUCCGCAAAAGCGAAUCAGCAUUGCCGAAGCACUUGCGUCAGAUGUAGUGCGCAGAAUGGAGUGCUGCCAGAGAGUGUCGUAUGAAGAAAACGCGCCGACUAAUGUCAAGCACGAUCAUACACCGCCAGCACCGGUCAAGCAAGACACAAAUCCGGUCAAGAAGUGGCUUCACGAGAGAAAAGAGUCGAGCCGCCAUGUUUCUAAGAAGUGA